AUGAGAUUUGCUUUAUUAGGCACCAGUCAAAUGCCCGUGCGGUACGACGGUGCGAUGGUGGCAGUGGCAGGUGGUGGUAGUGACGACGGCGGUGUCGAUUGUGGCGUAUGUUCGGUGGAGAUAUUUAAUCUAAGUAAGUCACAGAUCGAAAAUUCAAUUCCAAAUGAUCCAAUGGCGGAGGUGUUGGCUGAUAAUAUUGAUGAUGACGUGAUGGAGCAGAUCCUCAUUCGAUUGGAUGCGAAAGAUCUGAUCAUAAGAUGUAAACGCGUUUGUAAAUCAUGGAAUUCUAUAAUCAACACUCGUCGUUUUGCCGAAUCUUAUCUAAUAAAACGUAACGAAAACGAUGACCCUCAAGUUACAAAAAGGAUCUAUAUGGGGUCCACGAGUUUCCCUCUUCUUAUUAAGAAUAAGUCUUUUGUUGCUGGUUGUGCCAAUGGUCUUGUCUGCGUCUCUCCUAAGGAAUUUCGACUAGUGGUGACCAAUCCUUUUACUAGACGGUUCUUGAAAAUACUCGAACCCACACCCGAACCUCUUCCCAAGACCCACCGCAGGUGGGAUCUGGUUUGGGGUUUCGGUUAUGAUUCAUCCAACAGUGACUACAAGAUCGUAGUCGGGUACAUGGAGGCGAAUAAACCACCCUCGUAUGCUAAACGUUUCUAUGUUUUUUCACUGAAAACAUGUCGUUGGAAAUUCGUUGGAGAAUAUCAAUUUCCACCUACUAUUAAUAGUGUUUCAGGCAUUUUAUGUGACGGGGCACUUCACUGGGCUUACGAAUUAUUGUCGGACAGAUGA